CAUACAAAUCCAGUGGGCACAGAGUGGCAAUGGAAGAUGGACCAACCUGAAAUGAUCUUGCAGGAGGCUAUUGAGAACCAUCAGAAUAUGAUCAAGCAGUUCAAAGGCGUCUCAGGAUUACAAGCAGCUCGCUUUGAGGAAGCAAUGACCGCAAAGCAGUGCGCACUGUCACUGGUGGGAGAGCCCAUCAUGUACCCGGAGAUCAACCGGUUUGUGAGGCUCCUGCACCAGCACAGCAUCUCUACCUUCCUGGUUACAAAUGCACCGUUCCCAGAUGAGAUUAGGUAAGAGAUGGACAAAAUACCUCCCUACUAAAACAUUUGAGUGCAGACUUGUGUUUUAAUUCCACUUAUUGCUCAUCAAUCAGCUCUGUGCUGACAGUGAAAAAGCCCACUCAGUAUCGCAUCUAUUUGAUUUUAACCUUUGUCUCCCCAUGCUCUUUCUCAUCCCUUUUUCUACCAGUUUGAUUUUUCCUUUCUGUAUCUCUUAAAGUGGGGUUACCUCUGAAAAGGAAGAGGAUAUAAUAUAGUACCUCCUGGACGUACAGCGGAAGAAGAGCGAGUGAGCUGCGUAUUGGGCUUGGGGACAUGGAUGAUAACUAGUGCAAGU